AUGAUGGAUAGACAACCUCGGACAUUCAACAUUAUGGCCUCCAGUCAACCUGAUCCCAGUGACUCUGCAGGGGAACCUCAGCCUGGUGACCUCAUCGAGAUCUUCAGACCAGCUUAUCAGCACUGGGCGUUGUAUCUAGGUGAUGGUUAUAUCAUCAACCUAACACCAGUUGAUGAGAGCCAGGCUGCGGCCAUGUCCAGCGUAAAGUCAGUCUUCAGUCGCAAGGCGGUUGUCCGCAUGCAGCUGCUCAAGGAGGUGGUGGGGGGAGAUUCAUACCGUGUCAACAACAAAUAUGAUGACAACCACACCCCUCUGCCUGUCUCUGAGAUCAUUCAGCGAGCUCAAAACCUCAUUGACCAGGAGGUUUCUUAUGACCUUUUGGGAAGUAACUGUGAACACUUUGUGACACUGCUGCGCUAUGGAGAGGGUGUAUCAGAGCAGGCAAGUCGGGCAAUAGGGGCAAUAAGUUUGGUGACGGCUGCAGCAAGUGCUUUCUCUGUGCUUGGACUGAUCAACACCCGCUCCAGAAAUAGACCUUUCUAA